CCUAGUUGCCAUUUUUGGGCCACAUUGGCUUGAAAGACAUAUCUUUCACCAUGACUUUUUGGUUCCUGAAAUUCAUUCUGAUUGUGCAGAUAAAAUAUAAUGGGUAUAAUUCUAUAGGAUGUGUUGCUAUUGUGUGAAAACAGGCAAGACCCAAAGAUCCCCAGGCAUGCACCUCCAGAUGGUGGAGACAUCAGGCGCCAUCCUGGGGGCUGGACAUCUUCACUUGGUCGCAUGUGAAUUUUGAACACUGGACACGCAUCUUUAAACUAUGGAAUUUGAGCCCCCUAGAUAUAGUGAUAGCCACCAACUUGGAUGGCAGAAGUUCGUUGUAACUCAGCCCCAUAGAAAGCACUGAAAGGGGGCUUCAUUAUGACUGACUUUAAGACUACAUUCUUGUACCCAAUUUCUUGGGAGUAAACCCCGUUGCUCAAUGAAUUUACUUCUGAGUAGGCAUGUAUAGGAUUGUGCUGUCAGUGCCUUUUGUCCAUUGAGGCAUAGUCACGAUUCCCUUUUGCUUGGUUAUGUUUCCCGUCCGACAAUGGGUAAACAGCAGUUCCAGUUAUUCAGAGCUCUAUGAAUAUAUGAAUGUUUUCUGUGUCCCCAAAAGGAAUAUGACUGUUUCCCAGAAGUCAGGAUCUGGAAGGGAAUUGAAACUUAAUUGGUAUUUUUAAUUCCAUUGCAGGAAAAGCUGUGUUGGGUACAUUAAUAGUGGUAGGAAACAGACCACCGCAUUGCCUGUGGACAGUCUAACCACCUUGUCUUGUCCCCAGUUUCAUGAGUUUUGUGACCUUUUACCAAGGAGUGUUUGUUGGUAGCAGGUGCGUCCCAAAAUUACCUGAGACACAGAGCAGGUUUGUUUCCUCCUUGUGUUGCACUAUGUGUUGACACUGGAAGACAGCACAGGAGAACAAGGCUCUGUGCUUUGAGACCUUGUAAACAACAUCCUUCCUGUCCUUUCUGGAGACCGGGCAGGAUGAAUGUCUUCAUGGCAAUGUCCUAGUUCUGCCCAGUGGAUUCCCUGGCCUCCUCACCCCACCCCAGUAGGCCUGGUUUCCAUCUAUUACUCUAGUAACAUAAGCUCUGUUUGGCUCUGUAGAUCAAUCCACUGUUGACAUUGAAUAAGCCAAAAUUUAUAUGUUCAUAGAACUGGUGUGUAGGUAUAACAGCUUGGAAACAUGCCUCUAAUCAAGAAGGUAAAGUACCUGUACUAGCAAAAGGGGUUUUGUGCUGUGGCAAGAAGGCAUAGAGAACUGAAAAUCAGAGGUGGGGAAUUUGUGGUCCUCUAGAUAUUGCUGGACUCCGACUCCCUUCAUCCCUGACCAUUGGCCAUACUGGCAAGGGCUGAUGGGAGUUGGAGUCCAACAUCUGGAGGGCCUCAAGCCCCUCCCACUCCACCCCUGUUGUAGACUAAUACAGUGGUACCUCAGGUUAAGAACUUAAUUCAUUCCGGAGGUCCAUUCUUAACCUGAAACUGUUCUUAACCUGAAGCACCACUUUAGCUAAUGGGGCCUCCUGCUGCCGCCGCGCUGCCGGAACACAAUUUCUGUUCUCAUCCUGAAGCAAAGUUCUUAACCCGAGGUACUAUUUCUGGGUUAGCGGAGUCUGUAACCUGAAGCAUCUGUAACCCGAGGUACUACUGUGCAAAGGCUAGUCUGGGUUACUACCAGCCUUUUGCUUCAGCAGCCUCAUUUUGUGAUGUGUGGAGAUGGAAGUAUUGGGGAGGAGUUAAGGCAUGGCAAGCAGCAAGUCUAGUUUGCUUUCCUUGCCCACCUGCUUUAUUUGCUGUUGGGUGGUUGCUAGCCCUGCUCCCUUUCCUUUCUACUCAUGAUAGAAUUCUGUUACCAAAGUGAGUUGGCUGGAUGCUUAUUCGGGGCUGGAUUCUCAGAAUCUAAAUGGGUUCAUUUCUCCCCACCACCACCACCCAAAAAUAGAGUUCUUUGAUACUUCAGCCUACACUUGGACCUAGGAGCUGUAGUGGUUGAAGGCAUCUGUUUGGGAACCCCAUAGACGAAGUCUGUGUCUGCUGCUUUGUUGUUGUUGUUUGGAUGGGUGCCAGCCUUUGGCUCCUGUCAGGGCUGGGCUGGGCUACUCAGCACACAAUUUACAUUCCAAAACCUGGGUGUCAAGUAAACAGACAGCUCACUCUUUAAAAGAAGAAAUGAGCUGUAGGCGCAUGUGUAGCUUCCUGUCGUGCUCUUGCGAAAGUAGACGGUUUCCCUUGAGCCUUAGCAUUGCAAGCAGAAUCUCCAAAGGAGGGAAGCGGCACUUCAGGCAGCUCCCAUUUGCCACAGGGUGCACAUUUGUAAACAAAGCAGGAGGGGCCCCAGAAGAGACAUUGGCUUCUUACACCCACCAUGAUCCUGGACAGAACCAUUUCAGUCCGCAUCAUCUUCCUCCUUGGGGUCAUCCAGUGCCUGAGAGGGUAUAGCUGGGAGCAGACAACAGCCAGCUCUGUUUUCCAGCAGGAGCCAUUUGUGGUGGUGUGGAACUUGCCCACAGCUAAGUGUCGAGAGCAAUUUGGGAUCACCCUGCCUCUGGAAGCCUAUGGCAUUGUGGAGAACAAGGACAAUGCUUUUCGUGGCCAGAACAUAACCAUUUUUUACAAGAACAAGUUUGGGCUCUAUCCCUACAUCUCCCCAGAUGGCAAAUGGCACAAUGGAGGGAUACCUCAGAAGGUCGAUCUGAAGAAGCACCUGGAGACUGUCUCAAGAGAUGUUUUGGAAAGCCUGAAGCCUGAUUUCCAGGGACUGGCCGUGGUGGACUGGGAGGAGUGGCGGCCUCUCUGGAGGCGGAACUGGGGUCCCAAGAUCGUGUAUAGGGUGGCCUCUGAAAAAUGGGCAAGGAACAGAAGGCCUGAUGAACCCCUCACGGAACAAUCCUAUGUUGCGGAGAUAGAGUUUGAACAGGCAGCUCGGGCCUUCAUGGAGAGAACUCUAGAAAUGGGGAAGUCUCUGAGGCCACAGGGGUUCUGGGGCUUCUAUGGGUUCCCUGACUGUUUCAAUUACAACUGGGAGAACGAAGAGAACUACACCGGUCAUUGCAACCCCACAGAGGUCCAGUGGAAUGAUCAUCUCAUGUGGCUCUGGAAGGUUUCAUCUGCCCUCUAUCCCAGUAUCUACCUCCCACCAAAACUCCCAACAUCUUACCACCAGAGUUAUGUUCACCACCGCCUCAAAGAAGCAUUUCGCGUGGCACAGUUUGGCGUGAAGCAGCCUCUCCCUGUAAUCGCAUAUUCCAGAGUCUCCUACAGACAUUCUCCACGGUAUCUGACUGAGGCUGACCUGGUGUAUACAAUUGGAGAGAGUGCAGCACUUGGGGCCGCUGGGGUUGUGCUCUGGGGUGACCUCUCCUAUUCCCAGUCACCGGAGAGCUGCAGGAGCCUCAAGCAUUACAUCACCACGACGCUGGGCCCAUACAUCGUCAACGUAACCACGGCAGCGCGCAUGUGCAGCCGUGAGCUGUGCCACGGGCAUGGACGUUGCGUGAGACAGGACCCUGGCGAACUGGAAGCCUUCCUCCACCUGGACCCACAACAGUGGGAAGAGGAGUCCUCAAUGACAGAUUUUCCAGAUCAAGACAUGUUCGCAUGGGAACAAUUUCAGUGUCACUGCUAUCCACAGUGGACUGGAGCCUCGUGUGAGACACCGCUGUGGCUGGAGCCUGUCCUAGGACCGGAUUGUAGUCGAGCUCAACAGUAUUACAAUAUAUUUCAUGCAGGGUAUGUCAGCAAUGUUGUUGUGAAGUCAAACAUCUGUCCUCCUUCCAUUUACAAUGAAAAGACAGAAUUCCAAUAACACAUCUUUGCAGAUCCAGCACUUUACUCCAAGGGCAGUUUUGAUGAUAUCUGUUCUAGACAUUUCUCGAAUGGGUGACUCUUCCGUUUUUCAAACAGAGCAGGGUCUGGAUGUAGACAAAUAGCAGACACACACUUUUUCCUUCUUUGAUGGUGCACUAUAAUUUAAAAAUGAUCUCAGGUGUAAGCCUAAAGUAAGUGCUUAGGCAUUGUUGGGUUUUGAAACUGUAGCCAAACACAUCUAGUAAAAUAAAGACACACUUGGAAACCCUAAA